AUGGGAGUUCACAAGGCCACAAAAAGCAAUGAAGAUUACAUUGAUGAGCAAACCAAAAUCCCUUACAUAUCAGAUAAAGAAUUGAUAGACACUGGCAUAGUUAAGACGGUAUCCCCUGAUUCACCCAGAAAUAUUCGACAACAUGCUAAGAACUUGAGAAGUUUUCCCCAAGGAACAAGGAAUUGUUACACCCUGAGACCAGAGCAAGGUAAAAACAAUAAUUAUUUGAUCAGGGCAAGAUUCUUUUAUGGGAAUUACGAUGGUAAAAACCAGACACCAGUAUUCGACCUACAUCUUGGGGUUAAUGAAUGGAAAACAGUGAAUUUAACAAAUGCUGGUCCAUAUGGUGUUCAUUAUGACAUUAUCCAUGUUCCCUUGAUGGAUUACAUAGACGUAUGUCUAAUAAACACGGGCCGUGGGGUACCCUUCAUUUCAGCAUUGGAACUACGGCUUUUGGACAAUUCCAUUUAUCCAACUCAGGGAAGGGCACUGACAAAAAUAAUGGGAUAUGACGUUGGCAGGAACCCUUCUGACUCGGACGUCAGGUGA